CCCGCGUCUGUGACGCAAGCGCGACGUAGGAGUGACGCGAGCGCGACCGCUCCCGAAGUGGCGGCCCUACCUCUACUGCGCUCCGAGGGAGCAGUUGCUAACCAGGCCCCGGCCGCCUCCAGCCCUUCGCCGCCCGUCUCCCGGUGGCCGCCAUGGACGACUACUCGCUUCUGUCGGACACCGAGCUGGCCGCGGUGCUGCGCCAGUACAACAUCCCGCACGGGCCUGUCGUGGGCUCCACGCGCAAGCUCUACGAGAAGAAGAUCUUCGAGUACGAGAGCCAGCGGCGGAGGCUGUCGCCCCCGGACUCGUCCGCCUCCUCUUACCGGUUUUCAGACUUGGAUUCGACAUCUUCGGGUUCAGGCAUGUAUGAUCUGCCCAAGAAGGAGGACGCCCUGCUUUACCAGAGCAAGGGCUACAAUGAUGACUAUUACGAGGAGAGUUACCUGACCACCAGGACUUACGGGGAGCCUGAGGCCAAGGGCUUCCGCCAGUCAGCCACAUCCCUCUCUGAUCUCGACACCUUCCAUCACCAGGUGCGUGAGGACAGCGUCUUCUCUGAAGAGGACGGCAGAGACAGGGAGCGCCCUGUCUAUGGCCGGGACAGCACCUACCAGAGCAUCACACACUACCGACCUGCUUCCAGUGUCUCCAGGGGCUCCCUGGGUCUGUCCUACUACCCAGCGUCUUUCGCCGCUUCUGGAUCCUCAUCCUCUGCCCAGCCUUCCUGGCUCGCCCGCCGGGCCAUCCGGCCUGAAAAGGCAGCCUCUGCGGCGAUGGCAGCAGUGGCUCAGGAGCGCCAGGUCCCACUCUGGGGCCAGCUGCUGCUUUUCCUGGUGUUCGCUGCCUUCCUGCUCUUCGUUUACUACUCUAUGCAGGCUGAGGAAGGCAGCUCCUUGUGGAUGGACCCCUGAUGGUCCUGCUCGCAGCCUAGCUGGCUGCCUUAGCAGUGUUCUGGGGGUGGGGGGAGCAUCACUGUGUGUUCUAGCAUGGGAUACUGGGUCACCCAGGGCAGUGCCCGCCCCACCUGCCCCUGCCCUCCUUGGGAGCCUCCCACCCCACUUGCCUCUGAGCCUUGGAACCAGGCUAAGACCUUGUCCUUCUGAAGGGAACAUGGUUGUUUUGCAUGCCACAUCUUGUUCAUUGUCACCUGUCAGGGGAUUAAGCAAAGGGUGCCCUGACGCUGUUUUCAUGGACACACAAUAAAAGACUGUUUAUUUUUACCA